AUGGACUCGGCGAUAGAAUCCCAGUUCCGACCGAACGGCGGCCUCAACGGCGGCACAAACGGCCAUGCUAAACCUUUGCACAAGGUCGCCACGGACGGAACCAUUCGAGGGUUGUUGUCGCGCCAGAACAACAACGACACACGAGGCGGAUUGUUUGGAGACGAGGAGGAUGAAGAGGAAGAGACAGAGUCGCCGACCGAGUCGUCCGUGACAAGUCCCUCGUCAGUGACGUCGCCUCCGUACUGGCUCGGCCACCACCAGCGCUCUGUUUCCAACAUGUCGGUCGAAUCUAUACUGCCCGCCGGCGCGAUUACAAUGCACGAUAACGAAGCGAGCGAUGUAAAUGGUCGGAAUCAAGCCUGCUGGGCAAAGAGCGUCGAGAUCACCGAUUACGUCGUGGUGAACGGCAGCGCCACCAAUAUUGGGGCGUUUGUUGUAUGGAAUAUAAGGGUCGAAACAUUGCAAGGGAGCUACAUGAACAUCCGCAAGCGAUACUCCGAGUUUGACGACCUCCGCGAAAAGUUGGUUAAGACGUUUCCCAAUUUCGAAGCGGCAGUACCACCUUUACCACCGAAGAGUGUGAUAUCCAAAUUCCGACCCCGUUUCCUCGAUAAGAGGAGGGCAGGGUUACAAUAUUUUCUCAAUUGUAUAAUGUUGAAUCCCGAGUUUUCUGGAUCACCAGUGCUCAAGGAGUUUCUCUUCUCGUAA